CCAGAGCAGGGCUCCGCACGUCACUUCCGGCCACCGGAGCCGCACCGGCCUGCCCGUCACGUGACCUGGCGACCAGCCUGGAGGCGGGGCCAGCCCUGUGAAUGCCGGAAGCGACAUGGGCUGCGAUUGGCGGGUCAGCUGAACGGGGCCCGGUGACCGCCGGUGAGAUACGGCUAAACCUUGCAUUGCUGCCUCCCGGGAUCCCGCGCCCUCCGUGACAGCCUGUGGGACCCGCACUGGGUCAAUGGCACACCGGCCGGGCCAGUCUGCAAUAUGGUCUGAAUAAGAAGCACAAUGUAUUACCCAUUAUAAAAGAUACAUCAAGCAAUAUUGACUACACGUUUGUUGGGAAGGUUUACUUUCACCAGUUUACAUGUGCAGGUCACUUCGUUACUGCGUUAGCCACUGUUUGCACGCAGCAAUGACAAAGCUAGAGGACGCAAACCGAGAAGUCAACAUGCAUUCUUCAAUACGAUACCUUGGCUACUUAGCCAGGAUAACUUUACUCGUCGCUAUUUGCAUGGGUCUUUAUGUUAGGUGGGAGCAAACGGAGGAUUCCUUGAUAUUAGUAAUAUUCAUAUUGGGCCUAUUUAUCCUUGGCAUAGCCAGCAUCCUAUACUAUUAUUUUUCAAUGGAAGCAGCCAGUCUAAGCCUGUCCAAUCUUUGGUUUGGAUUCCUGCUUGGCCUUCUUUGUUUCAUUGACAAUUCCACGUUCCGGCAUGAUGUAAAGGAAGAAGCAACACAAUACUUACUGGUUUCCUCUAUUACUAUAAGAUGUUUGUGUGCACUGGUGGAGAGAAUUUGUGGGUGUGUGAGGCAUCGCCCCACCCUUCUGACAUCUGCAGAAUUUCUGGAACUGGUUGGUUUUGCAAUUGCCAGCACCAUCAUGCUUUUAGAAAAGUCCAUUAGCAUAAUAUUGCUGGUGGCUGCAUUUUCCUUGAUAAUAAUCGAUUUACGGAUGAAGACCUUCUUUGCAAUUCCAAACCUGGUGACCUUUGCUGUUCUUACGCCUGUGCUGUUUUUUCCUUCAUUGCAAAUUCCUGUGAACCCAUUUGCCUUGUCGUGCUUUUUCUGUUGCAUCGUUAGCGAGCCACUUCUAGACGUGUACUUCAGUGGACUCUCUGUCACAGAACGGUGGAAACCAUAUUUGUAUCGUGGAUCAAUUUGCCGGAGACUUUCAGUAAUUGCAGUUGGGAUAAUUGAGAUAAUCUUUUUUGUACUGUCAGCCUUAAAACUAAGUGACUUAAACCUUUGGUAUUUUGUCAUUCCCGGCUUUUCUAUUUUUGGGAUUUUUUGGUUGGUCUGUCAUAUUAUACUUGUAAUUACUCUCUGGGGUUUCCAUACCAAGCUGAGUGAUUGUCACAAGGUGUACUAUACCCACAGGCAAGACCACAACAGCCUUGACAGAGUAAUGGCUUCAAAAGGAAUGCGCCAUUUUUGCCUAAUUUCAGAACGUCUGGUCUUUUUUAGCCUCCUUGCAACAGCUGUUUUCGGUGCCGUGUCCUGGCAGCCAACCCGUGGAAUCUUCAUGAGUGUGUUCCUGAUUGUCCUUCCUCUUGAGUCCAUGGCUCAUGGGCUCUUCCAUGAACUGGGCAGCUGCUUGGGAGGGACAUGUGUUGGCUAUGCAGUGGUGAUUCCCACAAAUUUCUGCAGCCCCAGUGGUCAGCCUAUGCUUCUUCCACCGGAACAUGUGCAGGAAUUAAAUUUGCGGUCCACAGGCAUGCUAAACUCUAUCCAGAAAUUCUUUGCAUCCCAUAUGAUAGAGACCUAUGGUUGUGACUACUCCACAAGUGGACUCGGCUUUGAUACGUUGCAUUCAAAACUGAAAAGUUUUAUGGAGUUGCGGACAUCGGAUGGCCCCCGACAUGAUACCUAUAUAAUAUACUACAGUGGUCACUCCCACAGCACCGGAGAAUGGGCACUAGCUGGUGGUGAAACCUUGCGAUUUGAAACCCUUCUGGAAUGGUGGCGUGAGAAAAACAGUGCCUUUUGCUCUAGGCUGAUAAUUGUAUUGGACACCGAGAGUGCACAGUCGUGGGUGAAAGAAGUCCGUAAAGUCAAUGAUCAGUACAUCGCCGUGCAAGGGGCAGAGAUGGCAAAGGUUGUAGAUAUCGAAGAAGCUGAUCCUCCCCAACUGGGUGAUUUCACUAGGGAAUGGGUGGAGUACAACUGUAACUCGGACAAUAAUAUAAGUUGGUCUGAAAAGGGGCGUCUAGUGAAGGCAAUAUAUGGAGUCUCCAAGCACUGGAGUGAUUAUACUUUACAUUUACCAACCGGGAAUGAUGUCACGAAGCAUUGGAUGAUCUAUUUUCCUCGCGUCACGUACCCGCUUGUUCAUUUAGCCAAUUGGUGUGGAGCUCUGAACAUGUUCUGGCUGUGCAAAGUUUGCUACAAGUGUCUGAAGAGAUUGAAGAUGAAUUGGUUUCUUCCAGCAGUGCUUGACACAGGACAGGGCUUUAAACUUGUUAAAUCCUAGCCGACCCUUAAAGGAGCUGGGUACCAUUAUACGAUAGCAGCAGUCUCCCAAAAUCCCUCAAAGGGUUAUACGCUAAAGUGUGAAUUGUAGGAAUUUCAAAACCGAAUUGCGAGUUUUAGUCUGAAAAUGACCACACCAAAAAUAUAUUGGACUUGGAUUUGGCCGGUUUGGCAUUUAAGAUCUAAAAUAUUAAAUACAACUUGAAUUUCCAUCAGUUCACUUAUUAGUAAAUAACCUUGUCAAGGUGUUUCACUGCACUAAGAAUUUCCAGGCAUAGACAAGGAAAUUAAAUUUUUUUUUUACCUAAAUAAGCAAAUUUGUCAAAUAAAAUAAAAAUAUAUAAAUAAAAUGUCAAACUCUGCUAUUUUUCCAGCUCUGUUAUCUUGGGCUAAAAAUUGCAGUUGCCUUGUCAAUUCCUGACAAUUACCAGUUCAGUGCAUAACUCUUGUAUUUUGUCCUCAUCCUGAAAUCCUGUUACUUCGUCAGUUGCACUACAAUACUACAACUGUCUCAAAAUAGCUUGUUACUGACUUGUAUAUGUAUUGUAUGUUUGUUAUUUUUUUUUAUUGUUUAUUUUUUUCCCUCAUGUAAAGGAAGUGCUACCUGCAGUAUGGAUUCGUCUUCUGUAUGCGUGCCAAAUUUCGAAACAAAUUAACCUUACGAAUGACAGUAGGAUGGGUAGACAUUGUCUUUUUUUUGUUUUUGUUUUUUUGUUUUUUAAAUAGCCAUUGAGAUACUCGGUAGUUUUGUCCACAAUUAAAAUUACUUUGUAUGUUACGCAAAAAAAGAAAAAAGUUCUCUAUUUUUUUUUCAAGUGCAUGAUACAUGAUGUUUUUGUGUUACUCUGUGAAUGUAUCAAGUUACCCUAUUUGAUUUGUUUUAACUAUGUGGGAAUUCAUGCCAUCUUUAUAACCUUUAUGGCCCCACAUUGUGUGUGUUUGUUUAGGUUCUACAGUUGUUUGUGUACAAGAAAAUGUCUACUGUCUUUCACUCUGUGCAGGUGGCAUCUGAUCAUGUAAGGUACUCCGGAAGAACUCAGGGAUAAACAAGUCCUUUCAAUAUUAAAGGACGCGCAUAUUAUUAUUUCUGAUUUAGUAUGUUAAUUCACUUACUUAGCCUAUAUGCCUUAACCCCUUCAUGAUGCGUGAUUAGACAACUUCCCUUUAAAGUACAAGAGUCCUUGCACUGCACCUAUCAUGAAGAGGUUAAAUGAAUGGUUAAUGAAUUCUAUGCAAAUUCCUAAAACAAUUUCAAUGUGUGUCCAGUGUUCUUCUACAUGAGCAUGUUUGUAUGUAUUACUGCUUGCAUUUAUAUAUAUAUAUAUAUAUAUAUUUCAUCUACAAAUUUUGGUUAAAAUGGCAUUUGAUAACACAAAGCUUUA